GCAGAGAAGCGGGCAGCGAGCGGAGGAGCGCGCACCGGACCAGUUCGUUAACUUGUCCUUUCCCUGCCUCAUUCUCGUGCAGGUUCAGCAGCGGCAGCGACAAACCGGACUACCGGCUUAACACGGAGACUCCUCCAGCACUCCAGACAGCUUCAGACUGGUCGUCAUCGAGUCUUUGACUCUGGAGACUGCGGAUUUUAUCCCCGAUCUUUUCCAGUGGAUACCGAGAGUGCGCACCGCCUCCCCGAGAUAAACUAAGUCCACUGACAAUAAGUGCGCUGCUAUUUGCUUUCUAGCUGGAGGGGGGAGAAAAAAAAAAAUCCCUGUCCGUGAGUCAGUCCAGCUGUUUCCUCUGCCCUCCCUCCAGUUUAACUGCACCGGUCAGACUUGGAAAGAGCAACAGCCUCCGCCAGCGCAUCAGUGAGGCAGAAAAGCCCUACAACAAGCUGCAGCCAUGGAUGAGAUGGACCUGCCCCAGAUGAAGAAGGAGGUGGAGAGCCUCAAGUACCAGCUGGCCUUCAAAAGAGAGAAGUCCUCCAAAACAGUGACUGAUUUGGUAAAGUGGAUAGAGGAUGGUGUCCCAGAGGAUCCCUUCCUGAACCCGGAGCUGAUGAAGAACAACCCGUGGGUGGAGAAAGGAAAAUGCAUCCUUCUUUAGAUUUAACCAUUUGAUGACCCUUCAACUUCAGCACACACCCUACAGAUGACCCC